GGGCCUUUGUUUAGGAAUCUCGUAAACGGAAUAGAGACAAAUGUCAGUUGCCAAUAUCCAAAUUAUGUUCGAUAGAAAGGAGAUCCUGAAAACAAAAGCAACAGAACACACAGAACGUCUCCCCGCCAAGCGACCAAGGUGGCCAAAGGAUCCUGUACCUCAGGAUCGUUCUAGAGUAGCGGACUAAAGUGAUUAUGGAAUACAAUCGCCAGCCAUGUCCGAUCAGGAUUGUUGAGGAUUGCGGUUGUGCCUUUAUGAUGGGAUCGAUUGGAGGGUCGUUGUUCCAGUACCUCAAGGGCUUCCGGAACUCCCCGUCCGGCUUGGUGCGCGGCCUCUACGGCGGCCUCGAUUCGGUCAAGAUGCGAACCCCCGCCAUCGCCGGCAGCUUCGCCGUCUGGGGCGCCACCUUCAGCAGUGUAGACUGCGCCAUGGUCCACUACCGCCAGCGCGAGGACUCCUGGAACUCGAUUGUAAGUGGCGCGGCCACGGGCGGCAUUUUGGCGGCCCGCAAUGGGGUCCGGGCCAUGGCCAAUAGUGCCUUUGUGGGGUGCCUAGUUCUGGCCAUGAUCGAGGGAGCUGGAGCCGCAGUGGCCACCAUCUAUGCCGCCGAUGGGCAAGCACAGGCCACGGUGGAAAGCGAGUCCCAGCCACAGCGACCGCAGUGGGAGGUGGCCACCAUUUCGGCCGUGGAUCAGAUCAAGGGGCCGGAAGAGGCCGUGGCGGAGUUCGAACGGGUGCUGGACAAGUGUCGGGCUUAUAGGGACCGGAGUAUCAACCUGCAGAGCCUCAAGCCGAAGGGCAGGAAGCGGGCGAGGAUGGAGCAGCCAUCGCACUCGCUGGUCGAACUCGUCCGACUGGCCGAUGCCUUCUGACCCUGAUCUUGAGCCUCAUCUUUUGUUGGCGUGGUGUGCUCCCUUUUCCAAAUUCAGGGAAUGUGUUUUGGUGUUGAGCCGCGAUCCUCACCGUUCAACUGUUGAAGGUAUCUUAACCAUUCCGUUGUUACCAAUCGUUUAGGAUGAAAUGUAGUAUAAAAUUUUAAUUUAAAAAUAACGAAAAUCUUAAGAGUAA